AUGCAGAUCAAAUCUGCUGGUGGAGGAAAAGAACAGUCCACAGACGUUAUCAGUGCUUGGGAAGGAGACUCCAUCAGCAUAACUUGCCCAAUGAAUCGUGCAGAGUAUCAGUUGGGAAUGUACUUGAGAGUUAUUAGACAGAAUGUCCAUGUGAUAUAUUGUUCCAAGGAGAAUUCUUCACAUAUCAACCCUGACUUUGCUAAUCGCACCGAGUGUUCAAAGGAAGGGGAGAACUUCAGGAUAACCCUGCACAGGCUACAGGAGUCUGAUUCUGAAAACUAUGCAUGCAUAGAGGUCUUAAAAAUGAAGCAGAUAUAUAAGAAGACAAUCAUAGUACUGGUCAAAGCUAAAUCCAAUAGGCCUCUAGAGCAGUCACCACUCCAUGCCAACCCAGAGCAAGGCCAGUCUGUCAACAUCACCUGUGAGUUGAAAAGCUCACACGAAGAGGAGAAGUUCUACUUGUUCAGGACUCAUGUGCAGCCUGGCACAGUUCUGUCUGUGUCAAAUCUCAGCAGGUCAGAGGUUUCUCCCGCCUUUGGGAAUCGCUUGGAGUAUUCAAGGGAAGGAAAUAGAAUUGUGGUGAUUCUACACAAGCUACAGGAAAAGGACAGUGAUAAUUACAUCUGUGCCCAGGAGGUGAAGGGUUCUGCUCUGCUCUCUGCAAGAGGCACCAUGGUGCUGGUUAAAGAUGCAGAAGUGGAGCAGGCAUGUGAGAAGAGCUCCUGGGAUUUGUAUGCCCUUCUCAUGGUGGUGGCUGUGCUGUUGUGUGCCCUGGUGUGCUGCACCUUGUACCGUGUGGAUGUGAAGAAAUAUUUCCAGAGGAAAAAGCCCAAUGAGGUAUAUGAAGACAUGUCCUACAACUCCAGACGGAGCACCCUGGUCAGAACCAACACCUAUUCCAGAGGUGAAUAA